CUACGCCUUCAUGUCCGACUUGUAAAGGGAGCACCAAAGAGUGAGCCACGUGUAGUGUACGCAUGCGCAAGGUGUUCCUGAUGCCGGAUUCUCGUGUCACUUUUGGAAAUGGUGAAGCUGUCAGAUGGAGUCGGUGUGUGAGCGGGUCUGUGGAGCUGAUGAUGAGGAGGAGCCAGGAGCUGGUGGGGCCAUGCUGUGGUCCAUCCAGGAGGCCCUGGAGAGACAGACCCUUCAGAUCGGAGCGUCUGCCUGCGGGGCCACAGCUGUGGUGGACGUGCUGAAGGCCCUCGGCCUGGACGUGGCCCCCGAGGAAGUGAACCGCUGCAUCAGCACUCGCCUGAGGAGGAACGAGUCACCUCUGCCUGACUACCUGUUGUCCCGGAGUGAGGCCGGUGCGACUCACGCUCAGCUUAUCGCAGGAGCAGAGGAGGCCAGUAAAGGGAAGGUGAUUGGUCGCUUCUUCCACCUUCACCCCAGCCGCCAGGUGAAGCUGGUCCCCUGGCUCGCACACUGGAUCCAAAAAGGCGCUGUUCCCGUGGCGACCAUGAACAUGCAGCGGACCGUCCCCGAGGGAGAGGAGGUGCCCGACGCCUGGCACCAUCAGCUCAUAUUUGGGGUUGCAGCUAAUGCCGUUUUCAUGACUAAUCCUGUAGAUGUAGUAAGCGAGGGAGAGAUGCACCAGCGACUCUGCAGUGAAUCCGUCCUGCUGAUUCGUCGAGAAGACGUCCUGCUGCGAUUAGCGCCAGAUUCCUGUCUGUCCGUCCUGUCAGAGAGCCAGUCUGACCCGCGAUGGAAAGCCCUGGAUGUUGAGGGUCAGGUGAGACAGAUGGCCCAAGACGAGGAACAUGAUGAAGAGCGACCCCUGUUGACGCACAUCACGAUCCCUGCUGCGUACAGCUCCGGCAUCACGCUCUUCGCCCUACAACAGUCGGGAGUAGAACUCCUCAACGCACCUGACCUCCCUCAGUUGUGACCAGACUGGUGCAUAUGGGCUCAAGACACAAAACAUGAAGAAUUUUUUUAAUCGUGAUAUGAGAAAUACAACUGAUAAUGUGACAUUUUGUGAAGCAGAAACUGGCAAAUCAGAAGCAUUUUCACCCAUCCCACUUUCAUCCAUGUGCAUUUUUAUCACAGAUACCUGUCGUCUUUUGUUUUUGUGUUAAGGUGCUAUUCAUGUUGGUUAUAGGAUGAAAUCUUUUAUCUGCUCUGUUUAGAAAUCACAUCAAACCACAAUUCUGUCAAAUUCAGAGUUAUUACAUACAUUUCUGGUGUCUGACUCAUUGUUUAUCUGCAGCUCACUGUUAUUGCUCCUUAUCUUGGCCAGGACAGUCUUCCUAAAGAUAUAUUUUAACCUCAUUGGUUUUCUUAAAUUUAAAUAAAAUGAAUGAAGGCUAAAAUAAAAGGAUAAAUGUUAAAGAUC